AUGACGAGCUUCAUCUAUGCCCGGCAAUACGAUGGGGAAUUCCUAGAAGGCCUUACCCUGAAGGUACUGCUGGCUGCAUCAAUAACCACUGCGAUCGUCGCUCCUGUGUCCUUCGUUGUCAGAAUUCUGUUGUCCAAACGUCGGGGUCACCGCAUCCUCAGCCUGAACUCUGCUUUGAGUGUGCUCGCUUUGAUCGCGGGGCUUAUCGCUGUUGCUCUCUUCACCAGCUUCGCUGUCGCGUCGAGGACGGUGUGGGUUUACUACAACCUCGGUCAAUUCUUCGCAUCUACAGCGGCAGGACUGACCAUCCUUUCGAUUGUCGACGUCUUGUUCAGUAAUUCACGAAACACAGGGUCCUCUUGGCGUGGCUUCCUGGGUCUGCCCCUCAUUCUUGGUCUCACCUACCUGGUCCUCUCGUUCUGGCCGCUAUAUUGCGGUCGGCUCUCGUCACCAGCAGCACCUCUAUUAGCAGUGGCCUUUUCUUGGACUCAUGGAGUGUUGUUGGCGACAACAUUCUUGCUCCUCCUCGUUGCUUUUGCUCUUGAAAAACGCGGCCCCGCAGGAAUCCAGGUCUCGACCAGGCAUCGUGCUACCGUUGCCAUCUAUUACCUGCUUGCCAUCAUUCAAGCCCUUUCGAAUGCUUUCUAUGUGGCAGUCCACUCUGACGAACUAUACAAUAAGGACAAUAGGAACGAGGUCUACACCAAUUACGGGGGUGUCUACGUCUAUGUCGAUGAUAUCGACAGGGGACGCACCGCUGGCGUCGCUGCAAGCGUCACCGCUCUCAUGAUUUUCCUUGUUUCAUUCCUCGUUGCCAAUCUCCAGGCCCAGAAUAGCCCAGCUAAGCCUGAAGAGACCGAGACCAAGGAGAACCAUGCUGCGCAAAGUGACCAGGUUGACGGUCCAGCGUCGUGUGCACCCAGUACCAAAGGCAAUCCCCAUGACUCGAUGUUCAUCAUCCAGGGGGCCAGGGUGCCUGGGUACCGGGAAUCGACAGGACAGGACGUUCAACGCGCUCGUUGUUUUCACCGGAGCCCUCCUCCCACCGGUAUCCUCAGGACGAUUAGCGUCGACGUUGUUGUGGAAGACCGGGAGGAGGACGAGUGGCAUGAUGCUGAGGGACAGCGUGGCCCUCGGGGCUGGGAGGCCGCGCUGCGCCGUGGCCCGCAAUGA